AUGGACAUAACUUUCUUGGCAAAGGGAGAGAAGAAGAUGGUGACCUUUAGGCAGCUUGAGAUACUGUUUGGGUUCACUAUGGAGAAGGUAACCUAUGGAACAUCAAGGAAGAAGAACUCCAAAGAGUAUGGGCUACAAUCGCUGAAGAGGGGUACUCUUCCUCAAGGUCCAAGGCUGCUCAGAUCAGGAGCCCAGUGUCCACAAGGCUCUUGCCAACACCUUCUUUGCAAGGAAAGCCACUGGACAAUCAAUGAGGGAGAAGUGAAGCUCCUUGACAUGGGAAUCAAGCCCAUCAUCUCACGCACAAGGAUGGGAAGAAGAUCAGAGGAGAUAGGGCACACGCAGGGAACUCAUGCCUCUCCUUGA